CUGCUCAGUUAGCGUCCGCACUACGAUCAAGGGCGAGUGAAUGCAGGGCCCUGUUGUGUCGGUGAUGGCGGGGUGCUGCGCGUGCUUUGACGUUUCGCGGGGCUGUCCGCAGCUGUCCGUCGCUCGCGGAUCUCGUUGGCGCACCAUCUCCAAAGAACAGCACAACACUGCUGGACAUCGCCCAACACCAUGACGAUCAAAUACCUCAUCCUGCUCUCGCGGCAGGGCAAAGUGCGCCUUGCCAAGUGGUUCACAACGCUCGCCCCCAAGGACAAGGCCAAAAUCGUCAAGGACGUCUCGCAGCUCGUCCUCGCCCGCCGCACGCGCAUGUGCAACUUCCUCGAGUACAAAGACACCAAGAUCGUAUAUCGCCGAUACGCCUCGCUCUUCUUCAUCGCCGGCUGCGACUCCACCGACAAUGAGCUGAUCACCCUCGAGAUUGUCCACCGCUACGUCGAGCAGAUGGACAAGUACUACGGCAACGUGUGCGAGCUCGACAUCAUCUUCAACUUCCAGAAGGCCUACUUCAUCCUCGACGAGCUGCUGCUGGCCGGCGAGAUGCAAGAGAGCAGCAAGAAGAACGUGCUGCGCUGCAUUGGGCAGCAGGAUAGCCUAGAGGACAUGGAGGCCGAGGACGACAUCCACUCAAAGAUUAUGUAGCAUGUCGACGUUGGCCUGUUUCGAAGAGAAGCAUGAACCAUCACUGACCGUGUCGUCCCCGGCACCAGACAGCAGAGGAUUUCAGGGGACGCUUGCGUGACAGCGGCAUCUUGUAGCACU